ACUCAGAUAGAUUUAGUUGUUAUUCUUGAUGCCUCGACCAGUGUUACAGAACCCAACUUUAAAUUGAUGCUGGAAUUCUUAAAAGAUUUCUUAUCGAUAGCGGACAUAGAUCGAGGCAAUGUUCGUGUUGGUGUAGUUAUCUACAGUACCAAAGAUCACGUUCAGUUCCAUCUGAACCAGUAUAGAUCUAAACAAGAUAUUUAUAAUGCUAUAGACAAUAUCCCAUACCGAUUUGGUAGUACCAAUACAGCUGAUGCUCUUAAAACAAUGCAUAGAGAAAUGUUUACACAACGUAAUGGUGAUCGUCCUGGUGUAGAUAAUAUUUGUAUUCUUAUAACUGAUGGUAUCUCUAAUAUCAAUUCUCGAAGAACAAUUCCUGAAGCUGAGGCAGCUCGUAGUAAAAAUAUCCAUAUCUAUGUUAUUGGUAUUGGUUUAACUGAUUUAAGAGAAGUUGAUGGUAUAGCUAGUAAACCAGUAGAAGAAAACAGGUUUGCUGUUCAAGAGUUUGAUGAACUGACUCCAAUGAAAGACAAAGUUUUCUCAUCACUAUGUUUCUGCAAGUAUUCUAUAAUAUAUAAGUGUUUUAACAUCAUAAUGUCUUCUUUGUGUGAUUACGUUGUUUAA